UUGACUCUAUUCUCAAAUCCAAAAUUCGAUAGCAUAAUGCACGUCGUUGUAGUUGGCGCAGGCCCAACGGGCAUGGUGUUGAGCAUGGUGUUGGCGAGGGCGGGCAUCAAAGUGACAUUGCUAGAGAAAGAAUCAUCCACAGAUGAAAGACCUCGUGCUGCGCACUUGACGCCCCCGACCAUGAAGCUCUUGGGGCGCGCUGGACUCGCAGAUGACGUGCGUCGCAAAGGCUGGACCCCAAAGAACUUCGCAUGGCGCAAGCUUGACGGGACCGUAAUUACGUCCAUCGAAGAUUUUGCGCAGUCGAAGAAUCCCGAAUCCACGGUCGUCCUACCACUGGGACCGUUGGGUAAAAUCAUUCUCGAGCAUGCUUCCAAAGAAGACAACAUCACGAUCAAGUUCAACCAUUCUGUGGUGGGAGUGAGUCAAGAUGGGGAAUCAGCAUGGGCACUGGUAAGGAAAGAAGACGGGACAGAAUUCAAAGUCGCUGGAGACUACGUGGUUGGCUGUGAUGGGGGAACUAGCUCAGUAAGAAAGUCGCUGUAUGGUCGGAACUUUCCAGGACAGACAUGGGACGAGCGACUGAUCGCAAGCAACGUCAUCUAUCCCGUUGAGAAAUACGGUUGGGACGACCUCAACACAAUCAUCCAUCCAUCCGAGCGCUCACUCAUUGCGAAAAUCACCCAAGACGGUCUAUGGCGCGUUUCCUACAUCGAAGACAAGAACUUGACCUACGAACAGGCGCGCAACAAUGUGGCUAAUCGCUACGCGACUCUCCUACCAGGGAACCCCAAACCGGAGGACUUCACUCUGGUGGACUUCAGUUUCUACAGUCAGCAUCAACGUUGCGCCGAAAAGCUUCGCGUUGGUCGCGUGUUGCUUGCAGCUGAUGCCGCACAUCUCUGCAAUCCUUGGGGAGGUAUGGGGUUAACUGGGGGCUUUGCGGAUGUGACUGGGCUGGCGGAGUGUCUCGAGGGAAUUCAUGCAGGGAAGGCUGACGAAAGCAUUCUGGAUAAGUAUGAUGAGGUCAGGAGGGAUAUCUUCCAUAAAGUGAUCUCGCCUAUUUCCACGGCGAAUUAUCUCCGUGUCGCUGCACAUCCGGAUAAAGUCGAUGUGUUGGCGGAGGAUCCGUUUUUGAAAAUGGUCCAAGCCGCGAAAGGCGAUCGUGAGAUCAAGGAGAAGCUAGAUCAGGGUGUAUAUGCAGUUUUGCAUGACUUCACACAGUACUACAAUGUUAAAGCUUAA